UUUAGUCUUUCUUGUAUAUCCCUCCUAUAGCAUAAUUCCCUCCACUUUCAGAAUCUGCAACCUAAAACAUGAGUAUAUUUAAUGAUGGGAACCCUUUCUCUUGAACAGAGAAGACAAAAGUUAUUGGUAGAGUCUUUGCUUGCCUCAUGUUUCCCGGUUUUUUCCUCAGUUUCCUUCCAUUGUUCUUUUACAGCUCUCAUUCUUGCACUUUCAUAAUAACAAACAACUGCCCUUACACAAUAUGGCCCGGAACACUUGCUGGUUCAGGGACUCCACCGCUUCCGACAACAGGAUUCCAAUUGGAUUCAGGGCAAAGUGUUAGGAUCCCAUCAGUUCCAGGAUGGUCAGGUCGGAUUUGGGGCAGGACAGGUUGCUCGUUUGAUGCGUUGGGAGCUGGGUCUUGUCAGACGGGUGACUGCGGGGGAAGGCUAGAAUGUGAUGGCAAUGGUGCUACUCCACCUGCAUCUCUAUUUGAAAUAACCCUUGGUGCAGGAAAUGACCUGGAUUUUUACGAUGUUAGCAUUGUAGAUGGCUAUAACUUGCCUCUUGUUGCUGCACCUCGUGGAGUUUAUGGUGCAUGUAAUGCCACAGGCUGUGCUUCUGAUCUCAAUAUGGGUUGCCCGAAAGAACUUCAAGUGGUAGGAGGGGAUGGGGGUGCUGCAGGGCUAGUAGUUGCAUGCAAGAGUGCAUGUGAAGCAUUUGGGCUGGACCAAUACUGUUGCAGUGGGGAAUUUGCCAACCCAACAACAUGCAGGCCUACCUUCUAUUCAACUAUUUUCAAGCGGGCUUGCCCAAGGGCUUACAGCUAUGCUUAUGAUGAUGGUACCAGCACUUUCACUUGCAAGGCCUACGAUUAUCAAAUCAUUUUCUGCCCAAAUUCUCAAAGGGCAAAGAGAUCAGAUGGUGCAUUUACACCUCCAUUCAAUGAAGAUGAGGCAGAGGGGAAGGUUGUGCAGAUGGUUUCUUCAUCAAAUAUACUCUUACCCCUUCCAAUGCUGGUCUUUCUUGUUGUCAAUAUGUUCUUUUGAACUUGUAUGGUGGCUUUAUUGCCAUUGCUGCUGUGAGGUGCUCCUUAGACAAAACCCCACCCAUUCCUUUGAUGGGUUAAAACUCAAAAGAGGGAGAAAAUAAUUCAAGCACUCAUAUCAAAAGCAAAGCAUUGAACAUUGAGGAAUUUAC